CAAAACUUCAAAGAACAAACAUGUCCGAAAUCGACGACAUUUUCGCAUCCAAAGGCAAAUCAAAAACUGUUCCUUCUCCGUCCACUUCAGUGUCCCUUCUCAAGGCAAAGAAGAAGGCGAAAAAAGCCAGAUUGGCUUCUGCUCACGAUGAUCCCCCAGAUGCAUCAUCUAGCACCAUAACUCCAGCUUCAAAAAAACGGCCCCCUCCAGAGACUGUCGUAGAUACCUCUGCAAAUGUGCCAAGUCUGAAACGCCAGAAAAAGGAAACGGGACCAGGGAAAGGUAGAGUACGACAAAGUACAAAACCCAAGUCAAGUGAGUCGGAUGGUGGUCUCUUCAAAGAUUCCAGGGGAUCUGGUGCCCGCCGAACGACGGACGAGGGCUGGUCAAUAUACAAAGAAGAUGAACUGGGCAUACGUGACGAUGGGGGUGGUAAGCAAACACUUGUUCCCCAUGCACUUAUUUCACACAUCGGUUGGAAUCAGACACACUGCUCUGCCCCUUUGAUUGCGAUUGUUGUUUCUGACGCCUCCCCAUACCAUAUCCAUAUACAUCAUGAAAUUGUUGAUCUCUUCCCUCAGAUUUUGUGCGAAUAUGCGAAAUUUUGUUAUAUUACGAACCUUCGGCUCUUUCGAAGCCUCACCGACCAUCGAAUCCACGAUUGGUAGAGGUCAAUUUGUAGCCAACAUCGAUUCCUUCUCUGAAUGCCCUGCUUUUGUCAUUACCAACACACAGCUAGUGCACCAAAUAAAAUCCAGGGAUGUACAUACA